CUCUUACAUCACUAUUAUCCUGAGCUAGUGCAGUAUGUCAAGUUGGAGUCCCUUCUGCCUUACCUGAACAAACAUCACCUGCUGACUGAUGGAGAAAACUCUGAACUCUUAAAUUUGGUGAUAAGUGAACAUACUCGUGUUUUGAAACUGGUAGAGUUUAUAAAGGGAAAAGGGCCAGAUGGAUUCCAGGGCUUUCUGACAGCCCUGGCUGAAGAACCUGAGCAUAUAGGCCAUGUUGAACUCACUGAAAUAUUUGCUCCAUAUCGUGUGAACCUUCCACUUAGGGCUUCAGAGUCACAUGGCAUGAAGGCCAUUGCUAACCAGGUUGCACUCUAUGCAGCCAUGAAACCAAUCCAAGGUGCAGAGUUUGAUCUAGAUGAAAAGAGCAUUGAUGAGGUAUGUGCGGAAGGAAGCGCUGUUGAAGGAAGGACAGAAGAAACUAGAACAGGAAUUGUAAAAAUUCCACCACAAGUGCUAGGUGUAGAGAAUGAUUCUGAAGCUGCCAGUGUUGACUUUACAGAAAUAAAAGAGCACCUUGAGCAUGAUCAUGUUGAUUCAGCAUCAUCAUCCACCAAUUUAGUACACAGGUACCCAUCUCUUGUCUUCCCAUCUGGCCCAUUGAAGAAAACAAUCUCAUGCCUUUGUUUACACUUCUCUGUUCAAAAUGGCAUGGGGUGAGGAAGAAGAAAAGGCUCAAUCACUCAUGAUACGACUGCGAAAAGACCGCGAGGUUUCCAUAGACCUCAAGAUUGUAUCCAUGGAAGUUGUCCACAUGGUCAACUCAGAGAGAUCUCAAGGUCCUGACUAGCGCACUUGCCUACACCGACCGAGGUGAGUGUGAAAACAGAUCAAUUCUCAAGUGCCGCCUGCAUAGGAGGAUCGCUGGCCUGCAUUACCGCAACAAUGACUUGGAGGAAGCAAACGACCAUAUGGAGACAGCUCUACAGCUAGCACACAACCUUGGACCAGAUAUUGACACCAUCUACACAUGGAGACUCAAGGCACUCAUGCUCUUUGAAGAAUAUAAGAGGACAAAGAACAGAAGUUUCUACAAAGAUGCAAAUCUGUUCUUCACCCGAGCCAUGGACCAUGCUCAACAGCAGCCAGAGUCCAAGAGGGUUGUCACAGAGAGGGUGAAAGUGAGCAAAGCACUCUUCCAUCUCAACAUGUGGGAGGAAUACCGACAAAAAAACAAGGGUGAGGACACACUAGAGGAGCUAGAGUUCAGGGCUCAAGAGACUUUGGAUGAUGUGGAUGAGGGUUAUCUCACAGAUGGAGACAAGGCAUUCUUUUAUCUAACUCGGGCAAAGCUCCACAGUAUCUCACAGACUAGUUGAGGCCAGGUCCGAGGCAGAAAAGUCCCUUGCAAUCAACCAGCGUUGUGGCUUUGAUAAGAGGGCUAAGGAAACUCAACAGCUUCUUGAACAACUCCCAGCUACAAGCAAACAAUAACUCACACCUAAAUAGCACUUCCAUAAUACAUC